GCAGCCGGAGCGCAGCGGGGACUGUGGCGCGGGCCGCGCCGGCGAUGCCGCGCCCCCGGGCCGGGCUGUAGCGGGGCCGCGGCGGAGAGCGCGCCGGGCGGGCGGGCCAUGGAGGUGGUGGACGAGACGGAGGCGCUGCAGCGCUUCUUCGAAGGCCACGACAUCAAUGGGGCCCUGGAGCCGUCCAACAUCGACACGAGCAUCCUGGAGGAGUACAUCAGCAAGGAGGACGCCUCGGACCUCUGCUUCCCUGACAUCGCGGCCCCGGCCGGCGCGGCCUCCUUCCCGCACGGGCAGCCCGCUCUCCCCGGCUCCAGCGGCGUCCACGCGGGCGGGCCCUCCCCGGGCCGCCAUGGGCCCCUCGCGCCCCCCAGCUACGGCGCCCCGCUCAACUGCAACAACAACAACGGCCUGGCCGCAGCGCCCAAGCCCUUCCUGGGGGGCUCCGGGCCCCCCAUCAAGGCAGAGCCCAAGGCUCCCUACGCCCCAGGCACGCUGCCAGACUCGCCCCCCGACUCGGGCUCUGAGGCCUACUCCCCCCCGCAGGUGAACGACCCCCAUCUCCUGCGCACCCUGACCCCCGACACCCUGUGCCACGUGGGCGUGGCCUCCCGCCUGGAGCACCCGCCUCCCCCUCCCGCCCACCUGCCCGGCCCCCCGCCGCCGCCGCCGCCCCCGCCGCCCCCGCCGCCCCCACCCCACUACCCGGUGCUGCAGCGGGAGCUGUACAUGAAGGCGGAGCCCCCCCUGCCCCCCUACGCGGCCAUGGGGCAGGGGCUCGUGCCCCCCGACCUCCACCACACCCCACAGUCGCAGAUGUUACACCAGCUGCUGCAGCACGGAGCUGAGGUCCCCCCACACCUCUCCAAGAAGAGGAAGCACUCGGAAUCGCCCCCCAGCACCCUCAACGCCCAGAUGCUGAACGGAAUGAUCAAACAGGAGCCGGGGACCGGGACUUCCUUGCCGCCCCCCCACCCCAGCCGCGCCCCGUCCCCGCCCUGGCCCCCCCAGGGCCCGCUGUCCCCGGGGGGGCCUGGCUCCUUGCCCCUCAGCAUUGCCCGCGUGCAGACGCCGCCUUGGCACCCGCCGGGCGCACCCUCGCCAGGGAUCCUGCAGGACAGCGACAGUCUCAGCGGCUCCUACCUGGACCCCAACUACCAGUCUAUCAAGUGGCAGCCGCACCAGCAGAGCAAGUGGGCCACGCUGUGCGACGCUAACUACAAGGAGCUGCCCAUGCUCACCUACCGCGUGGACGCAGACAAGGGCUUCAACUUCUCGGUGGGCGACGACGCGUUCGUGUGCCAGAAGAAGAACCACUUCCAGGUGACGGUGUACAUCGGCAUGCUGGGCGAGCCCAAGUUCGUGAAGACGCCCGAGGGCCUCAAGCCCCUGGACUGCUUCUACCUCAAGCUGCACGGAGUGAAGCUGGAGGCCCUGAACCAGUCCAUCAACAUCGAGCAGUCCCAGUCCGACCGCAGCAAGAGGCCCUUCAACCCCGUCACGGUCAACCUGCCCCCUGAGCAGGUCACGAAGGUGACGGUGGGGCGGCUGCACUUCAGCGAGACCACCGCCAACAACAUGCGCAAGAAGGGCAAGCCCAACCCGGACCAGAGGUAUUUCAUGCUGGUGGUGGCGCUGCAGGCGCACGCGCAGAACCAGAACUACACGCUGGCCGCCCAGAUCUCGGAGCGCAUCAUCGUGCGGGCCUCCAACCCAGGCCAGUUUGAGAGUGACAGCGACGUGCUGUGGCAGCGGGCACAGGUGCCCGAUACUGUCUUCCACCAUGGCCGUGUGGGCAUCAACACGGACCGGCCCGACGAAGCGCUGGUCGUGCAUGGCAACGUCAAGGUUAUGGGCUCGCUCAUGCACCCCUCGGACCUGCGCGCCAAGGAGCACGUGCAGGAGGUGGACACGACCGAGCAGCUGAAGCGGAUCUCGCGCAUGCGGCUGGUGCAUUACCGAUAUAAGCCUGAGUUUGCGGCCACCGCUGGCAUUGAGGCCACCUCCCCCGAGACGGGCGUCAUUGCCCAGGAGGUGAAGGAGAUUCUUCCCGAGGCCGUGAAGGACUCCGGAGAUGUGGUGUUUGCCAACGGGAAGACCAUCGAGAACUUCCUGGUGGUGAACAAGGAGCGGAUCUUCAUGGAGAAUGUGGGGGCUGUGAAGGAGCUGUGCAAACUCACGGACAACCUGGAGACGCGCAUCGACGAGCUGGAGCGCUGGAGCCACAAGCUGGCCAAGCUGCGGCGCCUGGACAGCCUCAAGUCCACGGGCAGCUCGGGCGCCUUCAGCCAUGCCGGGAGCCAGUUCAGCCGGGCAGGCAGCGUCCCCCAUAAAAAGAGGCCCCCCAAGGUGGCCGGCAAGCCCUCGUCCGUGGUUCCGGACCAGGCGUGCGUCAGCCAGCGCUUCCUGCAGGGGACCAUCAUCGCGCUGGUGGUAGUUAUGGCCUUUAGCGUGGCGUCCAUGUCCACUCUGUACGUACUGAGCCUGCGCUCCGAGGAGGACGUGGUGGAGAUGGACGGCUCUCUUGCCGUCUCCACUUCCUGUCUCCUGGCCCUGCUCCGGCCCCAGCACCCUGGGGACGGUGAGGCCGAGUGCCCGUGCAGGUUUAACCAGAACUUCGGGACCACUCAGCUCCGGCAGGCCCCCGUGACCUCAGGACCCCCAGGCACGCAGCCCGCUCUGCUGCUCGUUCCCACCAGCCUGAGCGGCUUGGACCCGGGGCCAGCCCUCCGCACCUUGGACCUCUGCGCCAGCCGUCCAUGCCCCGUGAUCUGCUGUGCCUCGACCCCUCCCAGCCCCACGGCCCCCGGCCGCAGCCUGAGCCCCAGCCCCGGUCCCCCCACCAACAGCUCAGCCCCGAGCCCGGUGGCCCUGCUGCCCGUCACUAACAUCAGAGCCAAGUCCUGGGGCAUCUCGGCCAACGGCAUCGGCCACGCCAGGCCCGCGAAGAGCCCGGCGCCCAUGGCCAGCCCUGCCUUCCCCCUGCCCGGCGGGCAGAGCAGAGCCAAGAACAGCCCCAGCCUCGGGCUCCACGGCCGCGCCCGCAGAGGGGCCCCCCAGCCCAGCGCAGGACCCGCGCGGCCCAGCCAGGCCGGGGCCCAGCCAGGCGCAGCCCCCGUCCUGAGCUCUGUGCAGCUGCUGGAGAACUCAAUGCCCAUCACCUCCCAGUACUGUGCCCCAGGAGACGCCUGCAGGCCCGGAAACGUCACCUACCAUAUUCCCGUCAGCAGCAGCACCCCCCUGCACCUCAGCCUGACCCUGCAGAUGAACUCCUCGGCGCCCGUGUCGGUGGUGCUGUGCAGUCUGGCGUCUGAGGAACAGCCGUGCGAGGAGGGGGUCGUGCCACAGAGCCCCCAGCCCCACCAGGACACCCAGGGCACCUCGCACCAGUGGCCCGUCACCAUCCUGUCUUUCCGGGAGUUCACCUACCACUUCCGGGUGGCACUGCCGGGGCAGGCCAACUGCAGCGCAGAGGCCGCGGGCCGGCCGGCCUCCGACUACUACUUCCACUUCUACCGCCUGUGUGACUGAGCCGGCUUGAGCCCGGGUCCGGGGGCCUCGCGCCUCGUCCACACUGGAUGCCACGUGUUACACUGGAGCCUGUCCGGCCGCGACAUCCCCUUCCCCCUCUGUCCACGGGGGGUGCCCGGAGGCCCGCAAACAAGGAGCACCCCUCUUCCGGGCCUCUGAGAGACAGCAGGGGCCCUGGACGGGGUCUCCGAGGCCUGGCCUGACCCUCCUCGGCCCUCGGAGAGCAGCGGGGGGCGCGGCUGUUACACUGGACUCGGACUGCUAAGCUCUAAGCAAGGCCCAGGAGGUCUCUUUGGCUCACAGGAGCUCCGGGGGUCCAGGAGACCCCCAAGUGCCUUAUGAACCGUUAGUGCCUGGCCGAGGCAGCAGGGGCCCGGGGCCAGGUAAGCCUUGGACACGGAGGAGAACCCUGGGAGCACCCGAGGGUGGUGGCCCAGGACUGGGGGUCUCGGGAGUUGUCUGGAGCUUAUUGCCCACCCCCCCCCUGCCCCGUACUCUGAGCAGAGCUGGGACCCCCUCGAGGCAGCAGGGCUGUUCUUGGCCAGCGGGGGGAUGCAAGCAGCUUUGGCUCCAAUUAAUGAAAUAAUUACUAAAAUGCACUUAAACCCGGAGUGGAGGGGAGGCGCGGGCGGGGACGCUUUCCGAGGACGCUUCCAUCCACUCACAGCCCCCCUCCACGCUCACUGCCCUGCCAAUGGCCUCCUGUGUUGGUCCCCGGGGGACCCCCCACCCCCCUGGGCCCAGCUCAGCAGCAGGCCCGUGUGUCCACCCUUCCCUGGCGUGGAGAAGGGGAACGGACACCUCUCGAGUGCCCGGCCCAGAACGUCCAGCUGCUGGGAGGAGGCACGGCCAGCAUCGGGCCGUGUCCAGCCGAAGCGUCGGAUCCCAAAGCACUUACCCGCGGGCAGGCAGGCGAGGCCAACACCAACUCGGGGCUCGCGGGAGUCCCCGCUGCCCGCGCCCGCCCCAGAGCGACUCCACCACCUCCUUUGGACACAGGGACCCGCCCGGGACGCUUUAAGGUGACCUGCCCCGCAAACAGGGCGGGAAUCUGGGGAGUCCUCAGUCUGGGCCCUUCAACUGGAAAAUGACCCUCCGCUGCCCCCUGGAGCCCGAGUAACGGCAGCCCCCCGACCCCCCCUUACCCCAGCAACUCGUGGGCAGCUGGCUGUUCCCUGCUUGGGGAGGGGGUCCACAGUGCACGGGACGGGAUGGGGGGGCCCGAGCUGGGGCUCCAAGCUGCUCGAGCAGGGCGGGGUCAACCUUGGACCAAAGUUCCCUGAAGCCCCCUCAGGGUAGAAGGGCGUGUGGGACGGUGACCUGGCGGGAAGGCGCGGGCCUGUGAGCACCCGUGGGGUGUUUCGGCUCCCUCCCCAGUGGGGUCUCUGUGGCCCACCCUCCCCGCAUUGGCAUCGUUCCUGUAGCCACUGGGCUCAUCUCCCAAGCUUCAAGCUGUACAUAGGACCUCAACGCACAGCCCCCCCACCCCGAAGCCCACGUGUGUCUAGAGCGCCCCUCCCUCCCCCCAGGUAACCCCCACUUCCUGUCCCCGAGCAUCUCAUAUUUAUCGUGUGCUGAGCCUGCCCGUGGCGGGCAGGGUCUCGUCCCCCCCAACCCCGACGGUUCUGUUGUGUGAAGGAAAUCCUCGUAUAUAAAUAAAUGUAUGAUACGGCUUUG